AUGGGCUGUUUCUGCGCUGUUCCGGAAGAAUUUUACUGCGAAGUUUUGCUACUGGAUGAAUCCAAGUUAACCCUCACCACCCAGCAGCAGGGCAUCAAGAAGUCAACUAAAGGUUCCGUUGUCCUUGACCACGUAUUCCGUCACAUAAACCUCGUGGAGAUAGAUUAUUUUGGGCUGCGUUACUGUGACAGAAGCCAUCAGACAUACUGGCUGGAUCCUGCAAAAACUCUUGCUGAACACAGAGAACUGAUAAACACUGGACCUCCAUAUACUUUGUAUUUUGGUAUUAAAUUUUAUGCAGAAGAUCCAUGUAAACUUAAAGAAGAAAUAACCAGAUAUCAGUUUUUCUUGCAGGUGAAGCAAGAUGUACUUCAGGGCCGGCUGCCCUGCCCCGUAAACAUUGCAGCUCAGCUGGGAGCUUACGCCAUCCAGUCUGAACUUGGAGACUAUGACCCAUAUAAGCAUACUGCAGGAUACGUGUCAGAGUACCGUUUUGUUCCUGAUCAAAAGGAAGAACUUGAAGAAGCCAUAGAAAGGAUUCAUAAAACCCUGAUGGGUCAAGCUCCUUCUGAAGCUGAGCUGAAUUACUUGAGGACUGUCAAGUCGCUGGAGAUGUAUGGCGUUGACCUCCAUCCCGUCUAUGGAGAAAACAAAUCUGAGUAUUUCUUAGGAUUAACUCCGGUUGGUGUUGUUGUCUACAAGAAUAAAAAACAAGUUGGCAAGUAUUUCUGGCCUCGGAUUACAAAGGUUCACUUCAAGGAGACUCAAUUUGAGCUCAGAGUCCUGGGAAAAGAUUGCAGUGAAACCUCAUUCUUUUUCGAAGCUCGAAGUAAAACCGCUUGCAAGCAUCUCUGGAAAUGCAGUGUAGAGCAUCAUACAUUUUUUAGAAUGCCAGAAAAUGAAUCAAAUUCAUUGUCAAGGAAACUCAGCAAGUUUGGAUCCAUGAGUUAUAAGCACCGGUACAGUGGCAGGACAGCUUUGCAAAUGAGCCGAGACCUUUCUGUUCAACUUCCCCGGCCAGAUCAGAAUGUGGCAAGAAGUCGAAGCAAGACUUAUCCUAAGAGAAUAGCACAAACCCAGCCAGCUGGAUCAGACAGCAUAAACCAGAUAACUGCAAAUAUGGAAAAUGGAGAAAAUGAAGGAACAACUAAAAUUAUUGCACCUUCACCAGUAAAAAGCUUUAAGAAAGCAAAGAAUGAAAACAGCCCUGAUACCCAAAGAAGCAAAUCCCAUGCACCGUGGGAAGAGAACGGCCCCCAGAGUGGACUCUACAACUCUCCCAGUGACCGCAAUAAAUCACCAAAGUUCCCCUACACGCGUCACCGAAACCCCUCCUGUGGCAGUGACAAUGACUCCGUGCAGCCAAUGAGGAGAAGGAAGGCCCAUAACAGUGGUGAAGACUCAGAUCUAAAGCAAAGGAGAAGGUCCCGCUCACGCUGUAACACAAGCAGUGGUAGUGAAUCAGAAAACUCUAAUAGAGAACACCGGAAAAAGAGAAACAGAAUACGGCAGGAGAAUGAUAUGGUUGAUUCAGCGCCUCAGUGGGAAGCCGUAUUAAGGAGACAAAAGGAAAAAAGCCAGGCGGACCCCAACAACAGGCGAUCCAGACACAGAUCUCGCUCGAGAAGCCCCGAUAUCCAAGCAAAAGAAGAGUUAUGGAAGCAUAUUCAAAAGGAACUUGUGGAUCCAUCUGGAUUGUCAGAGGAACAAUUAAAAGAGAUUCCAUACACUAAAAUAGAGACGCAAGGUGACCCAAUCCGUAUCAGGCAUUCUCAUUCCCCACGAAGUUACCGCCAGUAUCGCCGGUCCCAGUGUUCAGAUGGAGAGCGAUCCGUUCUCUCAGAAGUGAAUUCAAAAACGGAUCUAGUACCUCCACUUCCAGUGACCCGUUCUUCGGAUGCUCAGGGUUCUGGUGGCUCUACAAUUCAUCAGAGAAGAAAUGGGUCUAAAGAUAGCCUGAUUGAAGAAAAAUCUCAGACGUCUACAAGCAAUCUGGCUGGAAAACACACAGCAAAAACAGUAAAAACUGUCCAAGCUUCACGCCUCAAGAUAGAGACUUGAUUCCACUAAAGCGUCUGUGAUGCGGGUGGGAAGGGUGUGUGCCAUUGUUAUUUUGAAACUGUGAAUUAUAAUUGUUUAAACAUCCUGGAUCUGCAAGUGUUUCUUUACAAAAUAGCCUCUUGCUUCUUUAAAGAUUUAAAACUACAGUAUACUUGUGCCAAAGGGCUUUAUUAUUUUGGUGUCUGGAAGGACAGUCUUGUAAAAAUGCAUUCACAUGAUGCUGUAUCUCCAUACUGGGACAGUAUAUUACGACUCAAGUUGUGUGUGUCCACCACAGCCAAGACUAGCUCAAGGUUUGGAAUCCUGGACUGCAGUUUACUAGCUGUGCAAUAGUACACAAAGUGGGAGGAAAAGCUCUUCCCAACUCCAGGUGGUUCUCAGUCCAAGCUAAAUGUACAAGGGCUGAGUAUCACUUUCAGACUGUGGACAUUUUUAUCAUACUAAGUUCUUUGUAUCUGUACUUUGUGUAAGUUCCAUAGGUGAUUUAUAAAUGAUGUAAAAUGCUUUUUGGUUUUUAAGUAUUGCCUUUUAAUUUCUGAAGUGCCCUUGUGUUUUCCAAAAAAAAAAAAAAAAAAACUGUAAAUGUGCAUUUCAGUUAACCUCUGCAUUCUAAAUUCAUGACCCUCGACCUCCAAUGGUUGACCCUGGCUGUUCUUCCCCAGUGACUUAUUUCAUACCUUUCCUGUCUGUAGAUGACCUUGCUAUCUACUUCACAGAACUUUUAUCUUCCUGUUGCCACAUACAAACUUCCCCACAGCUCGUUCAACCCUAAUCCUUCCCUCCUGUUCUAUUCCUCACCUGUGCUUUAGAUUCCAUCCCCUCCUAGCCUCCUCAGGAUCCUUGUUUAUCCUUCCUACUUGGUUUUAAACUUAAGACUGCCACUUAAAGUAAACCUACUUUCACAACUUCAAAACCCUCUCCAGCUAUCUCUCCCAUUUUCAGCUAAAUUUGUGGAAAAGAUUCUUUACUCAGUGUCCCCAGUUAAUCACCUAAUUCCAGUUAUAAACUAUCUCUUAUCUGGAUUCUCCCCUAUUCCUCCACUAAAGCUGACCUGGCUAAGGUCACUGUCACCAAACUAAACCCCAAGGAUAAUUUUUAGGACUUCUUCCAACACACUCUUUUGCUUCUACCUUUUCUGACCAUCUUUUGCAGCUUACCCUAUUCUACCUUGCCAUUACUUGUUUUUCAAACCCUAGACUCAUGACCUUACUCAAGACUCAAACCUUACACUAAUGGCCUUAAAAGUUCUGUUGCUUAAACAGACCACUAUAUUCUACUGCCCAUCUGAGGCCACUUGGAUUUCUCAAAAACAAUUAAAAUUCAACAAGUUUAAAAUGCCCCUCCUCUGCUGGACAUCAGGCUGUUACGCUUGUGCAAGGCAUACACCUAGGAGUCUCCUAUUAUCAAGCCCUGCUGUCAUAGCUCCUGAUAGUUUGUUUUCACAAAUUUUAUCGCACUGGCCCAAGCCAGGUAUCAACACUCAGUUACUCGGCUCCCACUCAUGGCAACCCCAGGUGUGUCAGAGUAGAACUGUGCUUCACAGGGUUUUCAGUGAUUUUCAGAAGUAGAUCGCCACAGUAUCCUCUAACUAGCAGGUAUGUAUCCCUUUUCUUCUUCCUCCAAUUCCAUUACAUCACAGCCAAUAUUUUUUCCAAAAACCAAAUCUUAACUUUUUCCUACCAUGGAUUUUCAUCACUUGUUUUAACACAGCCAAAGCCUUAACGGUCUGGCCUCUACCUACCUCCUUUUCAGCGUCAUCUGCUAAUACACCAGCUCCCAUAAUGGCCUUUUUACAAGCUUCAUGAAGCAUUCACCUGUUAUCUAAACUAGGGCACUACAGGGAAAGUGUGAGCUAAAUUUGGAUGGACAUACCCAUUUUCUAGCCUAAGGCCUCUCACAUGCCAUCCCUCCAACUUUGGCUGGAAAAAUACGGUACUUGCACUUAUCAUCUCAAUUCUGCUUUCUCAGGUUCCUCUAACUUGUGUCAAAUCCUACCAUGGCAUUUGUCUCACAAAGGCAAUUUUACAUUUGUGAUGACAUUUCCUCCACUGACUGUAAGGUUCCAAAUGGAGCAACUGUGUUUUGCUUCUAUUGUGUUCCCAGCACUUAGUACAGUGCUUUCAAUAAAAUUUUUGAAUGGCUGAUUAUGUUCUUUCUGUAACAAGAAAAAGGCAGAAGGUAUGUUUACUUAAGUGUACAAUCUAGUUUAAAAAAAAAAAAAAAA